CAAGCGCAGCAUGGAGUUCUUCGCAGCCUCGCCCGAGGUGGAUGCCACCGCGCUCUUCAAGGACGCCAUCGUCGUCGCGCCUGCCAUUUCGUUUGCCAACAUGGGCCAACUGGUCGUCGACGUCCUUGUCAACUCGGCGCUUGGGCAAGAGAUGAACAUGACGCGCGUCGGCUACUUGUUCUCGAAGCGCGUGGCGCCGAUGGCCGGCGCGGCGGCGUUUGCUACCCAGGCGGCCGGAGACCUCUGCCUCAACAUGGAGGUCUACCUGUUGUCGUACCCAUUGCCCGGCUCGUCGGCAGUACAAAAAGUUGCCUUUGUGCAGCAGCGCACGUCGGUGCUUCCCGGCCAAAGCGCUGCGUUUGUCCGCGAGUUUGUUGCGUGGUCCAAGCACGUGCAGGCAGCGUCUGUUCUUUUGCUUGCUGGCGCCGACAACAUGCUCUGCCACGACCGCGACAUGCACGUGCACCGCAUCAAGUGGGCGGGCGCCAGCACCAACGGUCCUCUCUUCAACGAUGCGUUCUUGGCCAUGAUCCCGCGCCUGCCGCUGGUCGACGGCGACGCGACGGUGUGGGACGCAACGCGCGGCGCGGGCCUCGCGCCGGCCAUGGACCGCGAAGCCGCCUCGCAAAAGCUGACGUUUCUGUCGUUUGUGCUGUUCUGUGCCGAGGGCAACAACGUGCCGGACGCCGUGUACCUCUCGAGCUGCGUCGCGCAGUACCUGCAGCUGCCGCCAACCUCGUUCAAGCUCCAGCUGCCGCCGUCGUGGAGCCAUUUGUUUGGUCGGGACCCGUCCGUCUCGCUCUUCUUUCGGUCUACACACCGCGUCGUUGUCUCGACGGCGCCGGCACCGAUCGAGCAGCUCGUGGCGAACGAGGCAACGUACACGCUCCCUCCGAUGGCGCCACUGCUGUGGAAGGAGCGCUUUGCUCUAGGCUACGCAGGUACAAAGCGCGUGCAUGCGCUGCGCACCAAUACGCCAAUCGUGGACGAGCUCACGUUUUCGAGCCGCGACGGUCUCUCCCGCCAGCAGCGUCCGCUGGUGCUCGCCCUUGGCGCGGCGUACUGCUCGACGAUCACAUCGAUCGUCAUGCCAAAGUGUGGCCUCGACAGUGCGACAGCGCUCGCCUUGUUCCGCGUCCUGACAACGAGCCACUCGAUCACGUCACUCGAUGUAUCGGACAACAGCCUUUGCGACGACGACAUGCCUGCGCUCUGCGUAGCGCUGCGCACCAACACGUCGCUGACGCGGCUCGUACUCACGCGCAAUGGCAUCUCGGCGCGGAGUUUCCAGUGCCUCGCGUUUGCCCUGCAAGAAAACAUCGAUGGCAGCCUCCUCUCGCUCGACUUGAGCUACAACCCGCUAUUAGCCGCGAGUUCGCAGCUGCUCGCUGACUGUCUCAGCGUCAACGAGACGCUCACGAGUCUCAACGUCGCGGCCACGCACGUCGUUGAACCCAUCGUGCUCUCGGGUCUGUGGCGAAACUACACGCUCCACGAGCUCCAGCUUCAGCAGCUCGACAGCCCGGUGCCCCGUGCAGCGACCGAUGAGAACGGCCGGCUCGCGCAAGACCAUUUGAAUAUCACGCACGCCCCCGAAGUCAUCGAAGGGCUACGGCGCGCCACGUCGGGCUUGGCACACUGCAAUCUUACGGGCGUGCUGCUGCCGAUUCAGACCAUCAAGAGCUCCCGCUGGAUCCACUUGCCAGCGGCAGCGCUCAACGAACUCGACGGACGCGUCAUUGCGGGCUUGCUGUCCCAAAAUCUUGCACUGCUCGAGCUCGAUCUGGCGUCCAACCACUUGGGCGCCGAGUCGGUGGCUGCGAUCAUGGUCGCCAUGAAGGCAUGCCCGACACUCCGCACGGUCGACUUGUCGGACAACGGCGUUGGCGCCUACAUUGGCGAGGCCCUGGGGCAGAGUCUCACGACCAACACGACCGUGGGGACGGUCAAGGUUGCCGACUUGAUCCAUGACGUUCAGCAGCUACGCGGCAACAGCGACGAGGUGGAGGAGCUCACCAUUACAAAAGAGAUGCUCGCCGAUCCAUUGGAUUUUUGGGUUGUCACAAUGCUCUUGGGCGUAAACCGACGCACUUUGAUCUUCAACGAGCUCCAGAUUCCGGCGCUGGAAGACCAUAUCGACUACUGCCAUACGCACCUCGCCGAUUACGAAGCGUCCUUUCUUGCGGUGCGCAUUCGGCAUCACUCGCACCUGCAAGUGCUGCAGCUCAACUGCUGCAGCUUGACGUCCUAUGCUGGUCUCGUACUGGCCGACGCGCUUCGAAACCAUACCGUGCUUCAACACGUGUCGCUGGAGAACAACGCGCUCGGACCCAUUGGUGGCCGCGCGAUCACCGAGUGCCUCGAGCACAACCAUUGUCUCACACAUUUGAAUUUGAGCUGGAACCAACUCAACAACGACGGUGUGCUCCCACUGCGCGUCUCGCUGGCUGCCAACCGGGCGCUGCGACGCCUCGAUCUCCGCGGCAACGGCAUCAGCACGAUCGGUGUCGUGGCCAUUGGCACCGGCAUCGCGACCAAUGCGUGCUUGGAAGAGCUCUACUUGCGCUGGAAUGACGUGGCACCGCGCGGCGCGACGAGCCUCGCCACCGCGCUCACGCGCAACAAGAACCUCCGCGUCCUCGACAUUGAGCAGCAGCACAUGGAAGUCGACGGCGCCGUCGCAUUUGCGACCAUGCUUCGCAGCAACAAGGCGCUCACGGCGCUCAAUAUGCGAAGUGACCUCGUGCUGCACCCGACGACAACCCUCACAACGGACGGCGCGACGGCGCUCGCGAUGGCACUGCGUGAAAACACCACGCUCAAGGAGCUCAACUUGGCCGAGAACCGGUUGACAGUCGAAGGCUGCGAAGUGCUCAUUGGCGGUGUCGCCAAUCUGCGCCUGCAAAAGCUCGAUCUCUCGUACGCAGAGCUGGCGGGCGAGCUCGCGGUAACCUUCUUUGCGCAGCUCGCCCGCAACUCUUGCAUGGAGGAACUCAAUGUAGAGCACAACAACAUUGGGCCCGAUGGCUUCAAGGCGUGCUUGCGAGCGCUCUGCGUGAAUCGUACGUUGCGCGACCUCAACAUUGGCUACUGCCACGUCACGGAAGAGGGCAUGGUGCUCGUCGAGAAGCAGGCGCGGCUCUUCGCCCUGCUUCGGCUUCGGCUCGUCGGCAACCGCGUGACGCCAGGUACCAAAGCGCGACUACAGGCGCUGCGCGUCGGUGUCGUGCUCGAUAUUUAA